AUGGGGGCAGCGGUCCCAUGGUACGCACAGAGAUACUCUCUCGCCUCCCGCAAUAUACGACUAAUUGCCUGGAUGCUUCGAUUUGUGGCAAGAUGUAGACGAGCUAAAACUGGAUCUGGAAAUCUCACACAAGAAGAGUUAUGGAAUGCGGAGAAAGUUGUGACGAGGAUGAUCCAGUCUGAAACAUUUGGUGAAGAAAGGUGGAAGAAUAAAGCUCACUUAAAAAUCAAGCGAUCCGCAGAUGGACUUCUAGUCGUCGAGACAAAGUUGGUUAAUAGUGAAGAUGAGAGAAAUUACAAAUUCCCAAUACUACUCCCUCAUUCACACGAGUUUGUGGCACAAUUAAUCCGAGAAGAGCAUUUACGCCACGCACAUGGGGGGAUUCAGUUUCUCAUGGGAAAAUUGAGGGAAAAGUUCUGGAUAAUUCAGUCACGUCGGGCCAUCCGGAAGAUUGUAAAUAGAUGUGUAAGAUGUCGGAGGUUUGCUGCAAAAAGUUGCGAAGUUGAGGCAGCACCACUUCCAAAAAAUCGGGUUUUGGACGCCGCAGUGUUCCAGAUCACUGGAGUGGACCUCGCCGGCCCCUUAUUUCUUGCUGACGGGAGCAAAGUUUGGAUUGUUCUCUUCACGUGCGCCGUGUACAGAGCCGUACACUUAGAGUUGGUCGCGGCGUGCUCUACAGAGGCAUUUAUUCUCGCAUUGUCGAGAUUUAUCAGCAGAAGAGGGAGGCCAACGACAAUCUAUUCGGAUAAUGGUACAAAUUUUGUGGGCACCGACAACAUUUUUAAGAAAUUGGACUGGAAAAAGAUUGAGUCAACAGCAAGCGUACAGAAGAUUCAAUGGAUUAUGAAUCCUCCUUCAAGUCCGUGGUGGGGAGGAUUCUGGGAACGAUUAGUAAGAAGUGUUAAGGAUUUACUGAAGAGAAUGUUGGGCAAAUCUAGAGUCAAUUUGGAGCAACUCUCAACCUGUAUUUGCGAAGUGGAGAGUGUAAUUAACGCCCGCCCCUUAACAUAUGUAACAGAGGAUAAUGAUGACCUCAUCCCUUUGACACCGUCAAUUUUCAUGCAGAGUCAGACGAGAGCAGAGUUUCCCGAAUUGAGAGAAGUGGACCAGGGGGCUCUAAUUACAGAAUAUAAAGCGAUGCAGAUCCUCAGAAGAGAAUUGAGAGAGAGAUUCCGCAAGGAAUAUUUGGGUCUACUGGUGCAAAGAGGAAAUGAGAGGAAGUCACGUUAUCAAUUGGAAGAAGGUGACAUCGUGUUAGUCGGAUGUGACAACCGGAAACGGCUGGACUGGCCGAUGGGACGCAUCGUAGAGUUAAUUUAUGGCCGAGAUGGGGUCCGCCGCGUCGCAAAGGUGAAGACGACUACGGGGAUUCUCACCCGACCCGUCCAGCGUCUAUUUCCACUGGAGAUUUCCUCAGCAAGAGACGUUGAGGACAACGAGAUCGUAGUCAAGAUUCCGAUUAAACAACAACAACAAGAUCCAAGAGUAACUAAACCGAUUACGACAGAUGAUACAUUUCAAACCAAGUGUAUUCUUUUGUUCGUUUCCCUCACAAAAGAAGUCGCCCCACUAUUUUUCAUUCGCGGUGGUGGUGAGUUGGCAGAAAGAAAGGCAAUGAACAAUUAA